AUGCAUCAACACAGAAUAAAGCAUCCUACUACACAUCUAUGGUCCAGUAAGGAAGGUGAGGAAUCUCCCGACUGCUACCCACCAUCCGGGUACGUUGUUCGUCGUUGCGCAGGGUUUGUUGUUUGGUGGCAGCAUAUCACCGAUAUGCUGGAAGUUGCAUUAUGCAGGAGCCGUAUGAGUGAUGCCAGCGAGGACGAUGGCGGAGCCGAAGCGGAUGAACAGGUGCCGAUGUGA